CCUCGGCGCCGCCCAUCGGACGUUACCCGGCUGCCGAUCGCAGUCGGCGUCUCGUGACAUUUGACUGUGUGUCGCCCGAUCAUGUUUUCCUCCAACGCUUUUCUCCUGUGGGGGUUCUUGUCCUGCUGCUGGGGUCUCCGGCUCGACGAGGAGCUCGCCCGGACCCGACAGCCCUCCAAAUGGGGCUCGUUGUGGCCGCUCCCCCAGCGAGUGGCCACCUUCGACGUGUCGUUCAAGUUGGCCGCCGCCAGCUUUGAAAUCUCGGACGGCGAGGGCUCGUCGGCGGGGCCGAGCUGCGGCCUCCUGCAGGACGCGUACAGGAGGUACGACAAGUACAUUUUUGGCGGGGCGAAAGCCAAGCGGCCUCGCGCGCGAGACAAGAGGACCGACUUUCCCGUCCUGACGGGACUGCGGGUAUUGAUUACGGACCCGGAGCCGGAGUGUGACCGGUACCCCAGCGUGACGUCUGACGAGUCAUAUGAACUGUUGGUGGAGCGGGCCACUGCGAUCCUGAAGGCGCCAAAAGUCUGGGGCGCUCUGCGUGGUCUGGAAACAUUCAGUCAGUUGGUGUACGAGGACGACUUUGGGACGAAACUGGCCAAUUGGACCCAAAUCAGCGACUACCCCCGCUUUGCGCACCGCGGCCUUUUGCUGGACACCUCGCGACACUUCCUACCCGUCAAAGUCAUUCUGGACAAUCUGGAAACGAUGGCAAUGAACAAGUUCAACGUGUUCCACUGGCACAUCGUCGACGAUCAAUCCUUCCCGUACGAGAGCCGAACGUUCCCGGACCUCAGCCGGAAGGGGGCGUACCACCCUUACACUCACGUGUACACCCCGUCCGACGUGAAGAGCGUCAUCGAAUUCGCUCGCCUGCGAGGCAUCCGCGUCAUCCCCGAAUUCGACACUCCGGGCCACACGCAGUCUUGGGGCAAAGGACAGGCGGGCCUUCUGACGCCGUGCUUCGCCGGCCCCCGGCCCUCGGGGAGCUUCGGCCCCAUCAACCCCAUCAUCAACAGCACGUACGACUUCAUGCGCCGCCUCUUCCGGGAGGUGGCCGCCGUCUUCCCCGACGACUACGUCCACCUGGGCGGCGACGAGGUGGACUUCACCUGCUGGAAGUCCAACCCUGAGAUCCAGACGUUCAUGGAGCAGCAAGGCUUCGGGAAAAACUACAGCCAGCUGGAGUCCUUUUACAUCCAAAGGCUGUUGGACAUUGUGAGCUCCACCGAGAAGGCCUCCAUCGUCUGGCAGGAGGUCUUUGACAACCACGUCAAGCUGAAGGCAGACGCGCUGAUCCACGUGUGGAAAGGCAGCGGGCAGCAAUACCGCAAUGAGAUGGCCGACGUCACCGCCGCCGGUUACCGGGCCCUGCUGUCCACCCCCUGGUACCUGAACCGUAUCGCCUACGGCCAGGACUGGCGGGGCCAUUACCAGGCCGACCCGCACGACUUCCAGGGAACGGCGGAGCAGAAGAAGCUGGUGAUCGGCGGCGAAGCCUGCUUGUGGGGGGAGUACGUGGACGCCACCAACCUCACGCCGCGACUCUGGCCUCGCGCCAGCGCCGUGGCCGAGCGACUGUGGAGCGCCGAGAACGUGACGGAUGUGGUGGACGCGUACGACAGGCUGUCGUCGCAUCGCUGUCGCAUGCUGGAGCGCGGGAUACCCGCCGAGCCGCUCUUCUCCGGCUACUGCCCCCGCGAGUUCCAGAGAAUCGGAGAAAGAUGAGGGGAAAACUGAGGAAGCAAGUGUGGCUGCGCGUCAUGAAGGCACCAAUUUUCUUUUUUUAAUUUUUUUUUAUUCGUGGACACACACACAAACGCUCUCUGAUCCAUAUCAAUGCACUCUUUUGUAAUUCUGUCAGACUGAUUGUGAAUAAAAGCGCAGAAAAAUUGA